UGGCCUGCCUAGUACAAUCCGGUAAUUGGGACCUGUACCCACCCUCUUCCCCACUCCACUCCAACACGUAACACUGCCCGGUGUGGGUAGGAUAGGCUGGGUUUUUGUUUUUCUUUGGGGGGUUAUGUUUCAAAGAUUGGGGUAAUGGUCUCCUUCCUCUUUCCAUUCUAAGUCUUCACAGACACUUGUCACAGAGCCUCUGUCACGCCUGGGGCAAGAGUAGGGGGUGAGGGGCCUUUUCACCCACCCACUCCCCUGAAAUUGAAUGGAGUUUGGCGAUCCAGUGCAGGGACUGGGUGGGGGUGGGCUGGCACUGUGGCCCUGCAUGAAGGCUGUGUGAGCGUCAGGGCAGAUCUCAUUCACCUCCUGUCCUGGACCCUCAGUCCUGAGACUCUUGGGGACUGCCUAUAUAGAAGGAGGGAAUCCCACUAGUCAGUCUGUUCAGGGUUCCCGGACUGAUCUUUAUCUUAGCUGGAGGAUGCUUUUUCCCCAGAGAUGGCAACAGUUUCCCAAAAGCUGGCGAGGAAUAGAUUUAAAGCAAUUUAAUAACAAUUACAGAAAGAGAUUACAUUUUUCAAUCAAGACACUAAUCAAGACUUUUUUUUUUUUUUUUUAACCCAGCCUUCGGGGAGUUGGGGAAGAACACAGUUGCCCUUAGUUUUUCCGCAGGGAAACUGUAGCCGGGGGGCCGGGCACUGCCAUGAAGGGAGACGGAGGAUACAGCACUGUCACCUUCGACGGGACGCCCAGCUACGGUCACACGCCCUCGCACCACGCGGCGCAGUUCCCUAACCACUCUUUCAAGCACGAGGACCCCAUGGGCCAGCAGGGCUCUCUGGGCGAGCAGCAGUACUCUGUGCCGCCCCCCGUCUAUGGCUGCCACACCCCCACCGACAGCUGCACUGGCAGCCAGGCCCUUCUGCUGAGGACGCCCUACAGCAGUGACAAUUUAUACCAAAUGACCUCCCAGCUUGAAUGCAUGACCUGGAAUCAGAUGAACUUAGGAGCCACCUUAAAGGGAGUUGCUGCUGGGAGCUCCAGCUCAGUGAAAUGGACAGAAGGGCAGAGCAACCACGGCACAGGGUAUGAGAGUGAUAACCACACCACGCCCAUCCUCUGCGGUGCCCAGUACAGAAUACACACUCAUGGCGUCUUUAGGGGCAUUCAGGAUGUGCGACGUGUGCCCGGAGUUGCCCCGACUCUUGUCCGGUCGGCAUCAGAGACCAGUGAGAAACGCCCCUUCAUGUGUGCUUACCCGGGCUGCAAUAAGAGAUAUUUUAAGUUGUCACACUUACAGAUGCACAGCCGGAAGCACACUGGUGAGAAACCAUACCAAUGUGACUUCAAGGACUGUGAGCGAAGGUUUUCUCGUUCAGACCAGCUCAAAAGACACCAAAGGAGACACACAGGUGUGAAACCAUUCCAGUGUAAAACUUGUCAGCGAAAGUUCUCCCGGUCUGACCACCUGAAGACCCACACCAGGACUCAUACAGGUAAAACAAGUGAAAAGCCCUUCAGCUGUCGGUGGCCCAGUUGUCAGAAAAAGUUUGCCCGGUCAGACGAACUAGUCCGCCAUCACAACAUGCACCAGAGAAACAUGACCAAACUCCAGCUGGCGCUUUGAGGGGUCCGACCCAGGGACAGUUCUGUGGCCCAGGCAGGACAGUGUGUGAACUGCUUUCCAAUCUGACUUUAAAGUUCCUCCACACUCACCUAAGAAGGAAAUGGCAGGUGAUCUUCAUCCAGCUUCCAAGACAAGAUGCCUGUACCACUGGAUCCUACCAGGUUUGCCCGGAGGAGUUGGGCUCUGCUUUGCCUGCUUUUAGUCAGCUCGAAGGCCCUGGAGAAGUGGCUAACAAUGUCCAGUUAGUUAAAAGCCCAUCUCUGCCAUUUGGUCUGGAUUUUCACUGUAAGAAGAGCCAUUGUUGAUAAUGUCCCCCCGCCCUCUUCUUCUCCUUUUAUGCUCUUUUCACUAGGAAUGGAGUCAUUGUACCAUUUUCCAUCAUAGAAUAUUUAUAGGCCAGGGCAUGUGUAUGUGUCUGCUAAUGUAAACUUUGUCAUGGUUUCCAUUUACUAACAGCAAGAAAUAAAUCAGAGAGCAAGGCACCGGGGGUGAGUCCCGUCCGACAUUCCGGAGGUUAGACAGGCCGCUAACCUGGAAGGCAGGAUGUAGGACUACCAUGCAACUUUAAAAAUUUCGUGUGUUUCAAGCAGCUGAAAAAAGAAUCCGAACUAACCAGUACCUCUGUAGAGAAACCUAAAAGAAUUUUUCCGUUCAGUUGAUACAAUGUUAACAUUAGCACAAUGCUGUUAAGAGACUGUGCUUGAAGAUCUGAGAUUUUGGUUUUGUUUAUUUUUGACUUUUUAGAGCGGUAAUCCUAUGCAUCUUCAGAGAUGUACAUAUUUCCUCACACCAAAAAAGUGGAAUUCAUUAUUAUCAUUUGGGGUGUCCUUUGAGUGUACCAACCACGCUGGUUAUGUGGCUUCAAGUUGUAAAAAUUAAAGUGACUCUGAAAGAAAAUAGGGCUGGUCCAGGAUCUCCACUGAUAACUUUGAGUCUACCAGUGUAUGUGAAAAAAAUGAGACUUGUGUGAGGAAAUCCAUUGUUUAAAGUUGGUUGGGUGUGUGUAUGUGUGCGUGUGUGUAUGUGUGUGUGUGUGCAAACGAGGGUGUUUGUUAUUUACUGUUGCUUGAACUUAUUGUGUAAAUAAAAAUACUGAUAAUGAUUUGCUCUUUGACAACUGAAGUUAGGAAAUGUAUAAAUGUUAGAUGCAUCACUGUUUUGGUGUUGAUCUUACAACGUAUCAAUGAUAACACUAAAAAUGUAACCUGCAUUUUUCACUUCGCUCUCAAUUAAUUAAAGUCUAUUCGAAAGGAAA